UCGCUAUAUUUUCUCUCCUCGAGUCUCUCCUCGGACCCUCAAAAAUCAUCCCGCUUGUUUUGAGUUUCUGUGGCUUUGUUGUAUUUACUAAUCUGUCUCUGCAGAACAACACUAUAUCAACUGCCAAGGCCAUGACAACACCUGUGAAAGCCCGUAUCGAGCAAUCAUAUUUGAAAUGACGUCUUCUAAUAAAAAGUGGUCCAGCAGCGCCCCACAGCGACAGAGCAGCGGCGCUACAGUUGGGAGGAGCCACGUCACAUCAUUUACAGUGUCGGUCUCCGGCUGAAUGUUAGAGUGUUAUUUCUACUGUACUCGAGCAACAUGAGCGGAAGAGUUGGAGAUCUGAGUGUGAAGCAGGCAGAGACUUUGGCACAGUUUCGGGAGAAGGUUCAGGACAUUCUGCCUAAGUGCCCAUCUCAGACUGACCACUUUCUGCUCCGAUGGCUCCGAGCCAGGAAUUUCAAUCUACAGAAAGCCGAGGCUAUGCUGCGCAAGCAUGUGGAGUUUCGGAAGCACACGAAGGUUGACACCAUCACUACAGAGUGGCAAGUGCCGGAGGUAAUAGAGAAGUAUCUCUCAGGUGGCAUGUGCGGCUACGAUCGUGAUGGGAACCCGGUAUGGUAUGAUAUCAUCGGGCCUAUGGACCCUAAGGGUCUGAUGCAUUCGGCGACCAAGCAGGACUUCAUCAAGUCUAAAAUCAGAGACUGCGAGAUGCUACAGCAGGAGUGUGACUUACAGAGCGAACGGUUGGGCAAGCAUGUUGAGUCUAUAACUAUGGUCUAUGACCUUGAAGGUUUGGGAAUGAGGCACUUAUAUAAACCUGCUGUAGAGACUUAUGGAGAGAUUCUCACUAUGUUUGAGGAUCACUAUCCAGAGGGACUCAAGAGGUUAUUUGUUAUCAAAGCACCCAAACUGUUUCCUGUGGCUUAUAAUCUGGUGAAGCAUUUUUUGAGUGAGGACACUCGUCGUAAGGUCAUCGUCCUGGGAUCAAACUGGCAGGAGGUGCUACAGAAGUACAUCGCCCCUGAGGAGCUUCCAGCAUACUAUGGAGGCAAACUGACCGACCCUGAUGGUGACCCCAGAUGUCGAACCAGGAUUACAUUUGCAGCUGAGAUACCGAGGUCUUACUACGUUCGAGAUGCCAUUAAAACAGACUACGAUCACAGCGUGACGAUCGGCCGUGGCUCGUCUCACCAAACGGAAUAUGAGAUACUUGCGCCAAACUGUGCGCUGAGGUGGCAGUUUGCCUGUGAUGGUGCUGAUAUAGGUUUUGGUGUCUAUUUGAAGAAGAAAAUGGGAGAGUGGGUGAAGGCCGGACAGAUGAAGGAGACUGUGCCAAAUCAGCGCUACAAUGCACACCUGGUACCCGAGGAUGGAUCACUCACCUGUCCAGAACCAGGAGUGUAUGUUCUGCGGUUUGACAACACUUACAGUAUUUUCCAGUCCAAAACGGUCAGCUUCUCAGUGGAGGUCCUCUUACCUACUAAUGUCAACCAAUCAGAGUCUUAGAAAUGCAACGACAACAUCAACAAGCAGCAGCAGAUAACUGAGAUUGUCAAACUACUUCAAUGACUGUUACUCUGCUGCGUAACAAGCUAUUAAACGCUUUUACAGUAUAUACUGCAUACUUCACUAUAUACUUCACUGAUUAUCGUGCAAUGACAGGCUGUAUUGUCCAACUAAAUGCCUGUGUGAUUUUUUUAUACUUUACAUUUUAAUUUCUACUUACUGUCUUACAUUAAUGAAGUGUUUAUUAUUUAACUCCACUUACUGGAGCGACUGUAUUAUGACUCAAACAUUACACUCAAAAUCUUUUAGUGUAUACAGUUUUAUUCAAGCUUGCCUGUCACGAAUAGUUUUUGAUUGCUUAAACGAAUGUUUUGGUUUUAUUUCACAAAUGAAUUCCUGAAAUGAGACACUCAAAUAAGCCUACACAUGUCUCAAACCUUGGUCUGAGAUUAAAUCAUGAUUAACUUUAGCUUGUUACGUUGAUAAAACACUUUUCUGUUUACAAAAGAAUACUCGGAUCAUGUUUUAAUUUAUAUCUUUGUUUCUUGAAAGCUCAUUGUUGCUUUCCACAAUUGUAAAUCAUUUUGUGAAAUGUUGUGUAUUCAAGAGUUUUACCUCAGGUACUGUCUAUGUGGCCCGUUUUUGAUUUCACCGAUGUUAUCCGUUUUGUCGGCGUGCAUGUGUGUUUUUCUAUCUUUGAUUUUGUAACAUUAAUGUAAUUUAUGAGUAAUAUUGUAUUAGUUUUUAUUAAUUUACUAUUAGAAAAUGUAUUAAAGUGGCUGAAGCAUGGUCA